CCAGCUGCCGUGAAGCUUGUGUUGUUAGUUCACGGAGCCUGUGGAAGGCGUCGUACAGCGCAGAAAUGGACCCGGGAGUUUUUACGUGGCUUUUCCUGCUGUUACUUGCUGCGGCCACAGCAGAGAGGAGUAAUGUCCUCCUCAUUGUGUCGGAUGAUCUGCGGACAUCCCUGGGUUGUUAUGGAGACACACUCGCGAACUCUCCCAACAUUGACCAGCUGGCAUCCAAAAGCCAAGUCUUCCUCAAUGCGUUUGCCCAGCAAGCCGUGUGCGCUCCCAGUCGCACAUCCAUGUUGACCAGUCGCAGACCGGACACGACCAGACUCUAUGACUUCAACUCCUACUGGAGAGUCCACUCUGGGAACUACACUACUCUGCCGCAGCACUUUAAAUCUGAAGGCUACUACACCAUGUCAGUGGGGAAGGUGUUUCAUCCAGGAAUUGCUUCAAACCACACUGAUGACUACCCCUACAGCUGGUCUAUUCCUGCAUAUCACCCAUUUUCCUUUAGAUUUGAGAAGCAAAAGACCGUAGACGGCUGCAGCUACAACUCCCGGAUGCUGGCGAUGGAGAGAGUUCAGCAUGCCGACACGGUUGCCCUCGUUGAGCGCGUAGAGAGGCUAUGUGACUCUGUGAUGGCCAGGAACAAUGCUGUUCUGAAGAGACUGGGCCACUCCAUCCGGCAGAAACCCUCUCCCUCGCUUCGGCUCCUGGACUUCCAGCCAAAGUCCUCCGAAUCCCCCCGCAGACGAGCGAGCAGCAGGAAGACCUGCCAUUUUCCCCCUAUAAAUGGGAAGCAGAUAAGCUGCCCCAACAAGGCCCUGGAUGAGCCCUUCUUUGACACAAAGCUCCCACUGGGAAGUCAGCUGGUGGCGCUGCCCUGUGAGAUGACUGAAACUCCGGGUCGAGCCAGAAAGCCAAGCCCCAACGCUUUGGUUGGAUCUGUGGACACCCUGAGCACCAUGGACAUCCACACUCCCAGUGAGCUCACCUCCAUUUCACUGGACCCAUAUCUGCCAUUGACGCUGUCUUGUCUUCCUCCAGCCCCAGCAAAUGGAGCAUCUCAAAUCCUGGUGAAAAUCAAACAAGCAGAACCAGACCAGAACAUAGUUGGAUGCAAACAGGAUUCAGUUUCAGCCAACGUGGAGCAGGUGAUAAAAAGACAGAAUCAAUUCCUGCUUAUCCACCAACUCCCAUCUAUAGCUUCAGCUGAUCUUAGAGAGACACUUAAAGUUUCUGCACUGCCUCUUCAAUUUGCACAUCCUCCUAAAGUUGCACCACUUCCUAGAUCUGCACUUCUUCCCAAAGCUGCACCUCUGCCUGAAGUUGAAUUGCUUUGUAAAGCAGCACCUCCCCCUAUAGCUGUACAUCCUCCCAAAGCAGCACCUCAUCCUAAAGUCACAAUUGUUCAUAUAGCUGAACCUCAUGCCAAAUCUGCACCUCAUGCCAAAUCUGCACCUCAUGCCAAAUCUGCACCUCAUGCCAAAUCUGCACCUCAUGCCAAAUCUGCACCUCAUGCUAAAGUCACAAUUGUUCAUAUAGCUGAACCUCCUUCAAAUGCAGCGCCUCCUUUUACAGCUGCACCUCUUCCCAAAUUUGCACCUCUUCCCAAAUUUGCACCUCAUCCCAAAUUUGCACCUCAUCCUAAAUCUGCAUCUCAUCGUAAAGCCCUGCUUCCUCUUAAAUCCACGCCUCUUCAUAUAGCUAAUGCCGCACCUUUUCCCAAAGUGGCACCUCAUCCUAAAUCUGCAUCUCCCCCUAAAAUCAAACCUCGUAAAGUGGCUUCUCUUCAUGCAGUUGCACCUGCUUCUAAAAUUGUUCCUCCUUCUACAUCUGCACCUCUUGCCAUAGUGGCACCUCAUCCUAAACCUGCACCUCCUCCUAAAGCCACACCUAAAGUCGCAAUUCUUCAUAUAGCUGCACCUCCUCCAAAUGCAGCACCUCCUUCUACAGCUGCACCUCCUUUUAAAGCCACACUGCCUCCUAAAUCCCUUCCUCAUCUUAAAGCCAGACCCCUUCAUAAAGCUGCACCUCCUUCUAAUGCUGCACCUCUUCCCAAAGUUGCGCCUUCUAGUACAGCCGCACCUCCUCCUAAAGCCCCACCUCUUCAUACAGUUGCAGCUCUUUCCAAAGUGGUACCUCCUCCUAAUGCCUCACCUCUUCAAACAGCUGCCCCUCUUUCUACAGCUGCCCCUCUUCUCAAAGUUGCACCUCUUCCCACAGUGCCACCUCUCUCCAAUGUGCCACCUCCUCCUAAAGUCACGCCUCGUCCUACAGCCGCACCUCCUCCUACACCGACAUCUCCCAACAGAAGACUGCAACGAAAAGCCAUUUACCUCCAGCGGUAUCGCAGAUAGGGUAUGCCCUCUCUGUGUGGGACUACCCAACAUUUGCAUCUUUUUUUUUUUCUCCCCCUGUUUUUGAGUUGUUGGGAAAGUUGCGCUUAA